AUGGCGUGUUUGUUUGCUCGAAUGACUGAUCUCGUAAACAAUACGGGAGUAGUUGUUGAGAUACGAGAGGUCGAGGGAGAUGAUGAUGGGGAAGGCGAACUAUUUGCUACGCUGCAAAUUGGGGAUCACACAGUGAUCAGAGGGAUGAAAUUUUUGGAUCGAAUGGCUGAUUUGGGCCCCAGAACCAUUCAUGUCACUGCGAUACUUGCUGCUGGUACCACCACGUUGAUCUUUGCAGCGCAGUAUUUCGCUGCCUACGGACGGGUCGUCUUUCGGCUAGACAACCAACAACUGGUGGUUCAGCCAGAAGAGAUGUCCGGAAUCCGCCGCAUGAGCCUAGUGACGCAUUUCUGCUGGUGCUCUUCAACUGAUGAAGUUUCACAUGAAUGCGUAGACGUCAAAGUAGAGGCAGGGCAUAGAACUGAGUUUCCUGGAAAUGGGUUUCAUGGGAAAGUGUUUUUGUUCGUUUAA